ACUCUCUUUUCCAUAGCUACUUUCUAUUCCUUUCCACGAUGCCAACAACGUCUGCAACAGCAUUCCAUCCCUCAAUGUGCAUCUCAACACCUUCAUCUUUACCCUCCAAUUCAGAAGAUCAUCCGGUCCAUGUCUUAACAGCCAAACCCAAAAGUGUCCUCCAUAAACACCCUCUCUGGCAACCAACUCAUGCAAACAUUUCUUUCCAAUUCAAGGAAAAGAUCCUUUGCCUGGAAAUAAUGGGUGUUGAUUCGGGUAAAGCACUCUCUCAAAACCCUUGUCUUCAUACAACUUCUUUAGACUCCAUUCAUUCCAUAAUUACCUUUUUGGAAUCCAAAGGGAUCCACCAAAAGGACUUGGGCAGAAUCUUUGGAAUGUGUCCCAAGAUUUUAACAUCUGACAUCAAAACUGAACUGAAUCCUGUUUUUAACUUUCUUUCAUAUGACCUAAGAGUACCUGAUCAACAUUAUAGGAAGGUCAUCAACAAGUGUCCCAGAUUAUUGAUUUCAAGUGUGAGAGACCAGCUCAAACCAGCUCUGUUUUACCUUCAGAGACUUGGGUUCAGGGACUUGCAUGCCCUGGCUUAUCAGGACCCGGUGUUGUUAGUCUCUAGUGUGGAGAAAACCCUGAUUCCUAAGCUGGAUUUCUUGGUCAGUAUAGGAUUUUCAAGGGCUGAUGCUGUGGGAAUGGUGUUAAGAUGUCCAGGUUUGUUCACUUUUAGCAUUGAGAAUAAUUUCAAGCCUAAGUUUGAGUACUUUGCUAAAGAGAUGGAGGGGAGUUUGGAGGAGUUGAAGGAGUUUCCUCAGUACUUCGCUUUUAGUUUGGAGAAGAGGAUAAAGCCUAGGAACAUAGCGGCUUUGGAGAAGAGAGUGAAGGUUCCUCUGCCAUUGAUGCUCAAGACUACAGAUGAGGAAUUCGAGGAGUUGACAAGGCAAGGUUGUGGAUAAGAAAUUCAGCGAAGGAGAUAGAUUGGUUAUUUUUCUGUGAUUUUUCUUUCAAUUUCUAUUUUUUAAUUAUUGUUAUUACUUUUCUUUUUCUCUUUUGUAUUUCUAAAGCCUGAAAAGUACAGCAAGCAGCGAUGACUCGUGUGACCAUUCACUGAUAUUUUUACACUUUAAGGUUACUGAGAUUAAAGCGGA